AAAAUAGGUUCUCUUUAUAAAUAUUGACUAAUUACAUUGUGUCAAAAAGAACGCCGUUUAAGUACAAAAUAUGAAAGAAUUAGUGGGAAAAUGGAAAUUACACCAUGACAAGAACGACAACUUUGAGGAGUACCUGAAAGCUGUAGGGAUAAAUUUUGCGUUCCGCAAGAUGGGAAAGGCGGUUGUACCUGUGGAAGAGUUUAAACAAGAGGACGAUGAGAACUGGUCCCUGUGUGUGGCCGUAUCCAUUGCACAUAGUACACUCAAGUUCAAAUUUGGUGAAGAAUUUCAUGAAACUACAAUGGAUGGCAGAAAAUGCAAGACGACAUUUUCUAUUAGUGAAGACGGCCAUUUAAUACAAUACCAGAAAUCAGUUCACCCGAACAUUCCUGACACCAAAAUUACAAGAAAGAAAGAGGAUGAUGAAACAUUCAUCCAGAUAUACGAGGCCAUUGGGACCAAUGUAAAAUCCGUUAGAAGAUUUAUUCGACAGCAAGCCUAAUAGAAACUUCAAACAACUGCAAGGCAGACUCUGAUGAGCUACAGCAGUUAUUUAAUUAACGUUUAUUGAAGUUCCAUGAUGAUAUUACUAUUGAAAAAACAACAGAAAAUGCAGCUGUCUGAAAUAGAAAAUAUGCAUAUGCACAUGAACUAAUAGUCAUAAAGGGUUGUAAUGAAAAACAAUUAAUUGAAUAAUACUUUCUGCUAUGUGAGGUGAUGUUGUAAAGACCCUGUAAAUUGAAUUUCAUUUAACUAUGAAGAUAGGUUCUCAGAAACGUAAUUUUUAUUUCGGACAAUAGCUGUAGCAGCCAGAGGCUCGUAUAAGUAAUUCAGAUAGUUGAUGAUUUAGUUAAUGUAGACCUGAACCUUUAGACGAGGGGUGUCCCAGAAGUUCGUGGAAUUAUUAAAAAUGUCAAGCAGAUUGGUGUUUGCAUUGGUGAACAAGGCCGUUAUUCCGCGAACUUCUGGGACACCCCUCAAAGGUUCUAUAUUAAUAUGUUGACAGAAUCACGUAUUGAACCCUCUAACGAGCCUGUUACAAUAAAUAGAGAUUGUAAUACUGACAGAAUGACGAGUCUAAGGUUCUGAUAUGUCUUUAACUAAAAUUUAAUAUUGUUGAUAUGACAGUAUGACGAACUAAAGGUUUUGAUAUGUCUGUAGCAAUGACUCAAUAUUGCAAUGCUGACAGAAUGACGAACGUAUUGUUUUGAUAUGACAGUAACAUUGAGUAAAUAUUGUAAUGCUUAAAAAAUCCCGAACUUAUGGUUCUGAUAUGUCUGUAACAUUUAGUCAGUAAUUGAGCCGCGCCAUGAGAAAACCAACAUAGUGGGUUUGCGACCA